AGCUCACCCUCCGGUAUGUGGUCCAGAAAUGCUCUCGCAUGCUGCAGCAAGCAGUCAAGAGCAUGCGUGCAGCUUCGGUCGCGCACGCUGGCGACGGUGACGGACGCCGCUGGACCGUCCUCCACUCCCGCCAGCACGCCCAAACCCUCCCUGUCUAAGUCUUCGCAGUCUCCCAGACCAACCAUCCAGACCGCAGUCAUCCUCAACCGCUCCCCCAUCGUCACCCGCACGCCGAGUGCCUUCGAGCGCGCCUACUACGCCUAUCAAGCCCGCAUCCAGCGGGCGCUCUUCAACCCGUUCCCGGACGAGUUCUACUUCAAACCCGGUUCAAUACUUGAAGACCAAUUCAACGCGGAGGAGAAGCAGCGCGAGAAACUCGCCUUUGGCGGCCCGUACGUCAAGGAGAAGCCGGUGGAGGUCUUGGGCUCGGAGGAAGGUGCUGGGAGGAAGCAGCAGCAGCCUAUGCCGAGGAUACAUGAAGCGGACAUAAAGAUGGACGUCCAGAGCCUUGACAGGCAAGGAGAGCGGAACCUCUAUCUACUCGUGCAUGGUAAGGACUCCGCUGGGAAGGAUGUCUGGAGGUUCCCGCAGGGAGGUAUCGAGGAGGGUCAGGCGUUGCACCAGGCUGCAGAGCAAGAUCUUUACAUCGAGUGUGGCGAGCUCAUGGACGCCUGGGUGGUCAGCCGGAACCCAAUAGGUGUCAUAGAGCCUAACAAUGCAAGUACACCAUCACAACAGGCAUGCGUGUUCUUCUAUAAGGCACACAUUCUCGCCGGCCAGGCGAAGCCCAACGGUAAGACCGUGAAGGACUUCGCAUGGCUCACAAAAGAGGAGAUCGAGUCUCGAGUAGACCAGCAGUACUGGGCGGCAGUGAAGGAUAUGCUAUCAGACUUCUAAUGUAUCUGCGUUUACUCUGGUGUUGCUAUUUAGGAUUUAGUGCACUGCUGUUGGACUUGCGCUGGAGUCCCUUAAUGUGGUACAAUCGUAACCUGGGAGCGGUCUUCAGGGUAUGUGCCUAUGUCACGGUCAGUAUACAUAGCAGUAGUAUGUAGUAGUAGUCGUGCAGCGACUACGAUCCCAAGACUCCAAAAUCUGAACAGGUCUAUUGGACGAG